GGCAGGAGCGGAGCCGGGCGCGGGGGGCACCGGGCCGAGGGGGGGGGCCACGGUCCGGGCUGCCCCGGCCCCAUCCGGCCCGAACGCGGGUGAUUUUGGGGGCCAAAAGCGCUUUUUUUCACCCGGUUUUGGUGGUGCCGCCGCCGCUUUGCUUUUCUGCAGGUUUUUCGGGGGGGGGGAAGGGGGGGCUUUUUGGAGACCGGCCGGUGUCAGCGCCCGGCGGACCCCCCCCCUCCCCCGCUCCCCCAAAAUGCCACCGCUGAGAUUGUGACCCCCCCCACACCCCUUGCUGCAAAAUCGCGGGGUGCUUCUGCCCCCUCCCCCGGGCCGGCCUUCUCGGAAAGGACUUUGCAAUGCUGCGGCUCCCCAGGGGAGUGUCCCCCGCCCCGGGGAGGGGGGGCACCGCCCUCCCGCGUCCCCCUCCCCACCACCACCCGAAGAAGGUCAUGUCGGUGAUGGGCUCCGUGGAGCAAGGGGUUUCCAGCCUGGGUAGCCCCCUGUUACCCACCGGCAGUUCCACCCAGGUCUACACGCCGGCGGCUGUCAGCGUCCCCGCUCCCCGGGGGGGGUGUCUCUACGCCACCCCCCAGGGCCCCCAGCUCAGGACCCUCCGCUCGGCCUCGGUGGGACGGCUGCCGGCCAAGAGGAAGCUGGACCUGGAGGGCCCUGAAUUUCGCACGCCCAAGGGGAAGGGCAGGACGUCAACGCAGGUCCCCAGCCCCAGGACCCCCAAGUCUCCUGGGGAGAAGACUCGCUACGACACCUCGCUGGGGCUGCUCACCAAAAAAUUUAUCCGUUUGCUGAGCGAGUCACCCGACGGCGUCGUGGAUCUCAACCGAGCGGCCGAGGUGCUGGAGGUCCAGAAACGUCGCAUCUACGACAUCACCAACGUGCUGGAGGGCAUCCAGCUCAUCCGCAAGAAGUCCAAGAACAACAUCCAGUGGAUGGGGACGGGGAUCUUUGAGGACGCGGCGGUGACGGCGAAGCAGCAGACGCUGCGGGGGGAGCUGGCUGAGCUGGCCAGGACGGAGAGGACGCUGGACCAGCUCCUGCAGGACUGUGCCCUGCAGCUCCGGCAGCUGGCUGACGACAAAGCCAACCAGAGGCUGGCGUACGUCACCUACCAGGACCUCCGCGCCAUCAGCAACUUCCAGGAGCAGACGGUGAUUGCCGUGAAGGCUCCCCCGGAGACGCAACUGGAGGUGCCGGAUUUCAGCGAGGACAACCUCCAGCUCCACCUGAAGAGCACCAACAGCCCCAUCGAGGUGUACCUCUGCCCGGAGGAGAUCACGGAGGAGAGCCCCACCAAGGACCACGGCGUCCCCUCUGCCACCGCCUCCCCACGGGACCACGCCAUACCCCCUUCCCUGCUGAACAGCCCCGGGCCAGCCCCGCAACCGCCCCACGCCGUCCCCCAGAGCUGGGGGGGCACGGGAACCCCCUCCUCACCCCCAUCUCUGCCUCUCACCAUCCCAGGAGAGCCCAGCUCGCUGCUGGAGGUAGAGGCUGGGCUCCUGGGCUCACCCCCGCACCUCCUGCAGCAGACGGAGGACCAGCUGCCCUGUGCCCUCUCCCACCUGGACUCGGGACCCUUCGUCACCUUCUCGCCCCCCCUGGAACAGGAUGACUAUCUCUGGGGGCUGGAGGGUGAGGGGGUCAGUGACCUCUUUGAGGCGUACGACUUGGGGGACCUGCUGAAGCACUGACCCCCCCCCACCCCAUUGUCUUUGUCCCCUCAGGUCACUUGUGUCCUGAGUGCGUGGGGUCUCUGUGGGGCGGCUGGAGAGUGUGGGUGGGUCAGAGAGUGCUGGGUUUUCUGAGGGGGUGUGAGGGGGGGGGCUUUUGUCAGCCACCCUGGGUGGCUUCUCCUCACUCUCCUGGGUUGGUAGUCACCUGGGGGCUGUGCUUGUCACCUUGCUGGGCUCCGGGAGCACCCUGGGGAAGUGUAAGCCCCUGGGAAGGACCCAGCCAGGUCCCGUCCCGGCACUGGCCAUAAAACCAUGGGGUGCCAGCGCUGAUGACCCCCACCAUAACCCCCCACUGUCACAGGGCUGCUGGUGGACUGGAGGUGCCUUUGGGUGCAUGGAAUGGGUUAGGGGCACCCCUGGGUGGCAGAGAAACCCCUGCUCAGAACGGGCUGUGCUGGGGGGGGGGUGUCAUGUUUUGGGACCACUCCAGUUGCUCCCCAGUUAGACUGGUUCUUUGGGGUCAUGAUGGGUCGUUUCAAGUGGUGCUUUCCCCCUGUUGAGGCUGGAAUAUCCUUAAAAAAAUAAUGAGGCAGCAAAGCCGAAGUCACAUUUGGGUGAAGAGAGGAUGAGGCUCAUGUGUGGGCACUGCACCCACAGCCUCCAAAACCAGCGGCUUAGGCAAAUUCCUGACCAGGACAUGGAGCCGUAUUUCCUGGGGGGCUGUGGGCCCUCUCACCCAGUCCGUACCAGCUCCCUCCAGCCUUUCGGAGCUAUUGAUGCUGGGGGUAUUGAAACUGGAGUGUACUGGGAGGAGGGAUGCUAUCAACUGGUGGCUGGAGCAUCUCCUGCAGAGAGGGGCUUGGGAAGCAGCAUGGGACAAGCCCCCGGACAUGGGGCUGGAUAUGGCUUUUUAUUGUGCCAUUGCAAAAUAUAUGUAAUUAUUGCACUGUAUUUAUAUGGGACCCCCUUCCGGCACGGCGCCAGCGGGGGUUGGGUUGGUAUUUUGAUUUUUAAGAGAGUGUAUUUAAGUUUUCUUCCUUGGGUUUGUUCUGCUGCGGUUUGGCUUGGAGGCGGCAUGGGUGAGAGUGUUUUGGCGUGGAAAAACUUGUGGCACUUGAUGUUUUCUGCCCGGCAGGGGAUGAAAUAAAAUAAAA